CUUUAUUCCGCCGCCCGCUGCCACACAAGCGCCGGGGAGCUCAUUGUGCGGAGUGAUCUGAUACGGACUACACCCAGCCGCUGCCUCACUGCCCCGGCUUUCUUUGCGUCCCUAGCCUUGACGUUGGUUAACGUCGGACAACGGAGACUCUUAAUUCGCCUCCAGGGUUUUCCUUCCGAUUUGGCAACCUUACUUCUAGGGAUUUGGUUGUUUUUUUUAUAUAUAGCAUCGAUUUCUUGAACAUGUCUUGGCAGAGCUACUUGGAUAACCUGAUGGCCGAUGGCAGCUGUCAGGAUAGCGCCAUUGUUGGGUACACGGAUGCCAAAUAUGUUUGGGCAGCACACACCGGCGGCACUUUCAACAAUAUCACGUCUCAAGAAAUUGAUGUCCUUAUCGGUAAGGACAGGGAGACCUUUUACACCAGUGGUCUCACUCUGGGUUCAAAGAAGUGUUCAGUCCUCAGAGACAACCUCAACGAUGACGGGGACUGGACAAUGGACAUCCGGACAAAGAGCCAAGGAGGAGAACCUACAUACAAUAUCUCUGUGGGGAAAGCCGGAAAAGCAUUGGUUUUAGUCAUGGGAAAGGAGGCGAUCCAUGGUGGAAAUCUUAACAAGAAAACCUUUACAAUGGCUGAAUACCUGAGGAGGUCUGGAUAUUAAGCGACCUCUCCAUUCAUCCAUCAAUGUUGACACUACUUCCAGGAUUACAGGAUUAGAUGGCAUACAAUGUUACUUCCUCUCUAGUCUACUUUUAUACACAGCCUUUUGUCUGCUUUUUUUUUUUUUAAUACCUUCCUCACUUUAACUUUGUACUUCUCAUGUUUUUGGCACUUCAGUAAGGGCAUGUUCAUUGAAAUGUUUAUUAACCAAAAGAGAGCAAAAAACAAAUUUGGAUUCACCUUGUGGGACAUUUACUUAGCUACUGGCUAAUAUUCCAAGGAGAAGUACACAUGUAAUGGUGGUGAUAGUUUGCAUAGUUAUGCUUUGUGAGCAUUAUUAAAAGAUGCCAGUUUUUAUUUUUUAUUAGCAUGUGGGCAUUUAAAAGUUGCAUGCAUGCAUACCCUCUUUAGCAUACAGAUCUCAGCCCUAUCCCCCCCUCUCUCUGUACCAGCGUAAUAUUCCAGCCGAAACCGUCUUCUCAUCCGCCCCUCCCCGUCUUCAAGCCUCCAUUAAAGAAACAGCCUCUGGCAGAGUCCUGUAUGUGUGUAUCAAUUUGCCGCCCUCCCUCAAGCACAACUUCUUUUCCCCCUCCAUCACAUGCUUUUGCUGUUGUACCUGAAUGUGGUCUUAAAAGUUAAUGAUGUGGUGUUGGGCUGUUGUUUUGAGUGUAGUGUAAGGUCAACAGUGCCGAGGUCUCAAGAUAUUGUCAUGAUACUUCAUCACAUCCAUGAGUUUCAGUGAACAUUCCACCUCUGUGACUGCUCCAUCGUUUGUCAGUCAGCUUCUGCUAUUUGUAAAACUUUCUGUAAAUCACUACACACAUGUUAUGUGAAGUUAUUUUUUUCCUCUCCCUGACCCGGUUGGACCAUUUGUCAAUAUAAGAGGAUUAUUAGAAUUAAUUCAGCUUAUUCUGAUUGAAGAUUGUUGGCAUCACCUGUUGACUGUAAAUCAUUAAGACAACUUCAGAUGACUGUAAAACAUUUAACUGCAUCCUUAGACUUCAACACUACGUAAUCUUUUCAUCACUAAUUGAUUUGUUGCUAAUUUCAUAUCCAUUAACCAAUGAAACAGCAAUGUCAUUUUACUACAGUAUGAAUGCAUUUUGACUGUAAACCCAGGCUGUUGGGUUCCAACAUCUUGGAUAAUUUGCCUUGUGCUUUAGUCAUCAAAGGUGUAUUCACAAAUUGUCAUAGUAUGGUACUUAGAAGUAUAUUUAAAAGAAAAAAAAUUAUGCUGUGUACACUAAACAUAUUGAAAAUGGUGUUGGUUGGAAUAAGAACAUUUGUAAGUUGUCUUGUGAAUUUUUUUCUGAGAAUAACUGUGUAUUCUGUGCCAUAAAAUCGGUCUGAUCUGUUGCUACUACGAGUUGGAUUUUUAACUGCUGCCCCAGCAAGACGUAACUUUUAAUGGCACUUUCCUAAGGGAUAUUUUGGCAUCAGUAAUCUCCAGACUUUGUGGAAUAUGUACAGAAUUAAAUGACAGAAAAAAUACAUUUGCAAUAUUGUCUUUCUUUUUUUCUUUUUUUUUUGAGUUGGAAAUUCCUUCUGCCACAAAAUCUGCUCUUUCAAAUGCCAUGAAUUGAUGAGACACCUUGUUUACAGACAGAUCAAAUAAAAGUUAUUCCAACCA